AUGCAAUACCGACUUGUAGCUCUGUUCGCCAUGACCGUCACCGCAGUCCCUGUCAUCCUGACAGGCGGUAGCAACGCUAUCCUCCCCCGCUGGGAGGAAUAUCUUACCAAUAACGUCGGUAUUGCAGCCAAUGCCCUGAGCAACGAAGACAGCACUAGCAGUCAGAACGCCAAGCGUGAAGAAAAUGGUCUUAUUGCUGAUUACACCCAACUGGCUGAAGACUAUGUCAAUGCCGUGAAACGCUCUGAUGAGGACCUCAUCGGCAAUCUUGGUGUCUCAGCCAAUGCCCUGAGCAAUGGAGGUAGCACUGGCGUUCAGAACGCGAAGCGUGCUGAUGACGUCUCGGUUGGUCCAGUUGGGGUGGGACUUCCUGGCGUUGACGUUGGGAAUAUCGUGAAGCGCGCCGAGGAUGUCGAGAUUGGUCUCAUUGAGAUCCGUCGUUAA